CAUACUUUUGUUCCUGUUUUUUUUAACAUUAAAAAAUGGGGCAAUUGUUGAAUUCAUACAAAUAUUCCAUUUGAAACAAAUUUUCAGUUACAACAACUAUCUUCAUCUUCUUCAAUCAUUCUGCUUCCAAUGGAAAACCUUAGAAACAACAAUUCAAUGACGGAAGAAGAAGACGAUCCCGGAAGUGCAUUAUCCUUCGACUCAACCGAAUCAAGAUGGGUUUUUCAAGAAGACGAGGAUCCAUCUGAGAUCGAGGAUUACGAUGCUUCUGAUAUGCGCCAUCAAUCUAUGUUUGAUUCUGAAGAUGAAGAUAAUGCUGAAAUGAAGCUUAUUCGUACUGGUCCUAGAAUUGAUUCGUUUGAUGUUGAAGCUCUUGAGGUUCCUGGUGCUCAUACUCAUCACUAUGAGGAUAUGACCACGGGAAAGAAAAUUGUGUUGGCUUUUCAAACUCUUGGUGUUGUCUUUGGUGAUGUUGGAACAAGCCCAUUAUAUACCUUCAGUGUUAUGUUUAGAAAGGCACCUAUUAAUGACAAUGAAGACAUUCUUGGAGCAUUAUCACUUGUCUUGUACACUUUAAUCUUGAUUCCUUUCCUCAAAUAUGUUCUUGUCGUUCUCUGGGCCAAUGAUGACGGCGAAGGUGGUACAUUUGCAUUGUAUUCCUUGAUUUGUCGAAAUGCUAAGGUGAAUCUUCUUCCCAAUCAGUUGCCGUCAGAUGCCCGUAUAUCAGGCUUUAGGCUAAAGGUUCCGUCUGCUGAGCUUGAAAGGUCUUUAAAACUCAAGGAAAGGCUGGAGUCUUCAUUCACUCUGAAGAAGAUUCUGCUAUUAUUAGUUCUUGCUGGUACUUCUAUGGUGAUAGCUAAUGGGGUUGUUACACCAGCAAUGUCAGUACUAUCAUCUGUUAAUGGCUUGAAGGUUGGGGUAGAUGCAAUUCAACAAGAUGAAGUGGUGAUGAUUUCUGUUGCUUGCCUUGUCGUUUUGUUCAGUUUACAGAAGUAUGGAACAAGUAAAGUUGGGCUUGCUGUAGGACCUGCAUUGUUUAUAUGGUUCUGUUCUCUUGCGGGCAAUGGUGUAUACAAUCUUGUCAAAUAUGACAGCAGCGUUUUUAGGGCUUUUAAUCCUAUUCACAUCUAUUAUUUCUUUGCAAGGAAUUCAACUAAAGCAUGGUAUUCUCUUGGGGGCUGUCUUCUGUGUGCAACUGGCUCUGAAGCCAUGUUUGCAGAUCUUUGCUACUUCUCUGUUCGAUCAGUUCAGAUUACAUUUUUAUUUCUUGUUUUGCCGUGCCUAUUAUUGGGUUAUUUGGGUCAAGCUGCAUACCUUAUGGAACACCAUGCUGAUGCUGGUGAAGCCUUUUUUUCUUCUGUUCCAAGUGGUGCAUUCUGGCCAACUUUUCUCAUCGCCAACAUUGCUGCACUAAUUGCAAGUCGGACUAUGACAACAGCUACAUUUUCUUGCAUAAAACAGUCAACUGCUCUUGGUUGUUUCCCUCGACUUAAAAUAAUUCACACCUCUCGUAAAUUUAUGGGUCAAAUCUAUAUCCCUGUCAUAAACUGGUUCCUGUUGGCUGUUUCUCUGGUGUUCGUCUGCACUAUAUCCAGCAUUGAUGAGAUUGGAAAUGCAUAUGGCAUUGCUGAGCUGGGGGUGAUGAUGAUGACCACCAUUUUAGUUACUCUUGUUAUGCUUCUUAUAUGGCAGAUGCACAUCAUCAUAGUGAUGAGUUUCCUGGGAGUCUUCUUGGGUUUAGAGUUGGUUUUCUUUUCAUCGGUUUUGUGGAGCAUAACAGAUGGAAGUUGGAUUAUAUUGGUCUUUGCUGCAAUUAUGUUUUUUAUAAUGUUCAUAUGGAACUAUGGAAGCAAGCUCAAGUAUGAAACUGAAGUCAAACAAAAGUUGUCACCGGAUUUAAUGCGAGAAUUGGGCUGCAAUCUUGGGACAAUACGAGCUCCUGGAAUUGGUCUACUUUAUAAUGAGUUAGUCAAAGGAAUUCCAGGAAUUUUUGGGCAUUUUCUAACGACACUUCCAGCAAUACAUUCCAUGAUAAUAUUCGUGAGUAUCAAGUACGUUCCAGUUGCUAUGGUGCCUCAAAGUGAAAGGUUUCUAUUUCGGCGUGUUUGCCAAAGAAGCUAUCAUUUAUUUCGUUGUAUUGCCAGGUAUGGUUACAAAGAUGCUCGCAAAGAAAAUCACCAGGCUUUUGAACAGCUUCUAAUGGAGAGCUUAGAGAAGUUUAUACGUCGCGAGGCACAGGAGAGAUCACUGGAAAGUGAUGGGGAUGAGGAUACUGAAUUGGAGGACGAGUACGCUGGUUCUAGAGUUCUCAUAGCUCCAAAUGGAAGUGUUUACUCACUUGGUGUUCCCCUUCUGGCUGAUUUUAAUGAAUCAUUCAUGCCCAGUUUUGAACCCAGCACAUCAGAAGAGGCAGGCCCUCCGUCUCCCAAACCCCUUGUGCUCGAUGCAGAGCAACUUCUGGAAAGAGAGUUAUCUUUUAUACGCAAUGCUAAAGAAUCUGGAUUGGUUUAUCUUCUUGGUCAUGGAGAUAUAAGGGCAAGGAAAGACUCUUGGUUUAUUAAGAAGCUAGUUAUAAACUAUUUUUAUGCCUUCCUGAGAAAGAACUGCAGAAGGGGGGUCACAAAUUUAAGCGUACCGCAUUCACAUCUAAUGCAGGUUGGAAUGACUUACAUGGUUUGACUUUGACCAUCAAUUUUGCAAUCCAAUAAUAUCCCCGCAUUGAACAUCGUUCCAGCUCUACCUUUGGAAAUUGUUUCAACUUUCCUUAUGAGCAUGAGCAUGUGCCGCGGAUAUAUGGAAUUGAAAUAGGCCAAGAACAGAAAUAGACAGAUACAUGUAGAAUUUGGACAAAAAAAAGAUAUAUGUAAAAUUAUAUUAUCAAAAGAAAAAAGAACCUGCAAAUGGCUAUGCACACAUUUCCUUAUGAGUAUGAAUAUGUUUAACAGAGUUUUGUACAUGGGAAGACCUAUCUAGACUAAUUUUAUUUUCAUUUGCAUUAA